GCAGUACCCUGGGUGACCCCUCCCCCCCAAUCCCGUACUGCCCCUGGGGGUCCGUGGCACUGAGGGGGGGGUCUCCCCUCCCCGUGGUGACUGGGGGGGGUCCGUGGCACUGAGGGCUGUCCCCUCUCUCCGCAGCCCCCCCGCCGAUGCCGGCCAAGGAGGAGGCCCGUCCCCCCCCCGAGGGGGCCAGCUGCGACCCCGGCCCCCCCGCCGCCGCCCCCCCCGGCUCUCCCUGCCGGCCCCCCCCGCCCGCGGACCCCCUGGACACCCGCAUCGUCAUGGGGGAGGAGACCCGCUGCCCGCCCCCCGAGCCCCGAGGGGGCCCCCCAGUGCCUUGCCCCUUCCCCGCGCCCCCCAAAGAGCCCCCCCAGGGCCGCCCCCCCGCGCUGGACCCCGAGCUGUUCUUCACGGCCCCCUCGACGCCGGUGCGGGCGGGGGGGUCCCGGCCCCCCCCCGAGGAACCCACGGACGGGGACAGCGAGGGGCUGUGCUCGCCCCCCACCUCCCCCUCGGGCUCCUACAUGACGGCCGAGGGCGGCAGCUGGGGGUCCUCGGGCACCGCCAGCACCUCCCCCUCCUGCUCCCCCAACCUGGCGGCCGAGGCCGAAGGUCUGGGGGACCCCGAGGGGGACCCCGACGGCCUGGGGGGGGCCCUGCUGCUGCCCCCCGGCCUGGGGGACCCCCCGGCCUUCCCCCCGCUGUCCCCCGAGGAGGAGGAUGAGGAGGAUGAGGGUUCCUUUGCCCCCCCGGGCUGCGAGGAUGAUGAGGAUGACGAGGAUGGGCAGACACCAGAGGAGGAUGAAGAGGAUGAAGAUGAGGUGUCGGGGCUGAUCCCGGCGGCGCUGCUGCCGUUCCGGGGCAGCCUCCUGUUCCAGGCCGAGGCCGUGGAGAUCUCCCCGCGGGCCCCGCCCCGGGACGGGCAGGAGGAGGAGGAGGAGGAGGACGAAGGCAGCACCUCGGCCUCGUUCCUGCGCUCGCUGUCCGAGAGCUCCAUCCCCGAGGGGGGGGACGAGGCCUUCGCCUUCCGCGACGACACCGACGCCUCGUCCGACUCGGCCGCCUACGACGGGGACGAGGAUGAGCGGCUCUACGGCACCGAGCGCCACGCGGGGGGCACGGCCACCCCCCCGGGCACGCCCCCCGGCACCCCCACCGCUCCCACGGCCACCUCUGGUGUCGAGCUCCACCUUCACGCUGGGUCCCCGUGUCACUCCCCUGGAGAGGGGAUGGGCCCCGGGUCCGUGGGGACCCUCCCAGGACCGCCCGAAGGGGACACGGAGCUGGACGGCCACGCCUUUGUCCCCGUGGUGGAGGGGUGGCCACCCCUGGAGCCCCCCGAGGAGGUGACAGAAAGUUCUGGAGUGGCAGCGCUGGGACAAGGACCUUGCCCAGAGCCAGCAGUGACAGUCGGUGUUCUCCAGCCCCCCGGGCUCUGCACCAGGGACCCCCAGAGCCACUGGCUGGGGGGGGCCAACGGGGAGCCCCAGGACAGCCCUGGGGGUGACAACGACGGUGACAGUGACCUUGAGCUCGGCAUGGGGAGAGCAGGGAGCACCGAUGGCCACGGAGAGCUGUACGCUGAGGCCACCGGCCUGGGGACAUCAGUGACACCAACCCCUCUGGAUGACACUGCGGCCACCGAGGAGGUGACACUGGGGACACCUGGCCCGAUGGACACUGCAGCCACCGAGGAGGUGACACCGGGGACACCUGGCCCGAUGGACACUGCAGAGCUUGACCUGGGGAUAUCAGGGGCGCCUGGGCUGGACACUGACCUGGAGACACCAGUGACCCCCAGCCCGAUGGACGCCAUGGACAAUGACCUGGUGACACCUGUGGCACCCAUCCCCCUGGAUGAGAUGGACACUGUGGUCACCAGCCUGGUGACAUCCAGCCCGCCUGGUGAGCUGGACACUGUGGCCACUGACCUGGGGACACCAACCCCUCUGGAUGAGCCGGACACUGAUCUGGGGACACUGGUGACACCCAGCCUGAUGGACAGCACAGCCAUCAGCCCAGAGACACCCAGCCUGCCAGACACUGCAGCCACUGACCUGGGGACACCGGUGACACCCAGCCCCUCGGAUGAGCUGGACACUGCAGCCACUGACACGGUGACACCGGUGACACCCAGCCCCUCGGAUGAGCUGGACACUGCAGCCACUGACAUGGUGACACCAACCCCACUGGAUGAGCCGGACACUGCAGGCACUCCAGCGGUGACACCAGUGACACCCGGCCUGAUGGACAGCACGGCCACCAACCUGGUGACACCGGUGACACCAACACCACCGGACAAGAUGGACGCUGCGGACACUGACCUGGUGACAGCGAGCCCCCCAGCUGAGCUGAACACAGUGCCCACCACCUUGAUGACACCAACCCCACUGGACACCGUGGCCACUGACCUGGUGACACCAGUGACCCCCAGCCUGCUGGACAAGGUGGACACUGUGGACGCUGUCUUGGUGACGCCCACCCUGAAGGAUGCUGUGGUCACUGAUGUGGUGACAUCAGUGACACCCACCCUGAUGGACACUGUGGCCACCGACCCGGUGACACCAACCCCGCUGGAUCAGAUGGACGCUGCAGCCACUGCCCCAGUGACACCAGUGACCUGCAGCCUGAUGGACACCAGGGACACCGAGCCAGUGACACCGGUGACACCAACCCUGCUGGAUGACACGGCCACUGACCCGGUGACCCCCAGCCCGAUGACCACCACGGGCACUGCCCCCGUGACCCCGAGCCCCCAGCCCGUGUCCCCCGUGGUGCUGACAGCUGAGGUGGCCCCGUCCCACGAGCCCCCAGCUGCCCUCCCGUGUCCCCUGUCACAGGGGUCACCGUCACAGCCCCCCAGGGAGGUCCCCGAGCCCCCCGAGGUGGGGGGGGACGUGGCCACCGCCUUGUCCGAGGGCUCGUCCCCGCAGCCACUGGACGUGUCUCGCUCCUGCACCGCCUCCAGCUUUGACAGCGCCAGGGAGGCCCCCCCGGGACCCCCUGAACCCCCCUGCGCCCCCAGGGAGCCGUCAGAGGAGGAGGAAGAGGAGGAGAAGGAUGAUGAGGAGGAUGAGGGUCCCGCCCCUGCGGCCCCCCCGCCGCUGUUCACGGCCUCGGAGCGGGAGGUGUUUGUGGGGGCCCCCCCCGAACUGCUCCCACCACCCGGUGCCUUUUCAGGGCACGGGGCUGGCCCGGGGGUCUCUGCCCUGCCCCGGGGGGCCCUCGGGGACCUGCCCCCGCCCCUGCAGGAGCCCCCCACCCCCCGGCCGGGCCCUGAGCCCCCCGGCCCCACUGAGGGGGGCACCGAUGCCAAAGUCCCGGGUGAGGGUGGCCCCCCGAGCCCCCCCAGCCGCCCAAGAUCCCCCCCAGCUCCCCCUGAGCAGCAUCAGGAAGAGGAGGUGGUGGGAGGGGUCUCCUCCAGCCCCCUGCCCGCUGUGGGGGCUCAGCAGGUCCCCCUCCAGGAGCCGACUGCCCUCGAGCCCCCCCGCCCUGUGCCCCCCAAACUCAGCCAAGUGCCUCCUCCCGCCACCGUGUCCCUGCUGGCCCCGGGCCCCCCCGGGCCUCUCCCCUGCCAGGAGCCCCCCCCAGGGCUGCCCCCCUCCAGGAAGCAUCUCGAAGCCCCCCAGCCCCCCCUGCAGAAGGAGCCGGAGCCCCGGGGCCGAGCGGUGGGGCCGGGGGCUGGAGGGGGCCGGGGGCCCCCCCGGGGGUCUCUGCAGUCGGAGUCGAGCUCGUCCAGCGAGGCUGAGACCCCCCGGGCCGAGCCGGCCCCCCCGGCCCCCCAGCGCUGCCAGCCCAACCACCGAGGGUCCGGGAACGAAUCCGAGAGCAACGACGAGUCCAUCCCGGAGCUGGAGGAGCCCGAGGGCUCAGAGCUGCCCCCCGCCCAGCCCCAGGUGCCCCUGGGCCACGCGCUGGGCCCCGGGGACGAGCCGCUGAGCAAGGCCAAGCAGAGCCGGAGCGAGAAGAAGGCCCGGAAGGCCAUGUCCAAGCUGGGGCUGCGGCAGAUCCACGGCGUCACCCGCAUCACCAUCCGCAAGUCCAAGAACAUCCUGUUCGUCAUCUCCAAGCCCGACGUGUUCAAGAGCCCCGCCUCCGACAUCUACAUCGUCUUCGGGGAAGCCAAGAUCGAGGACCUGUCCCAGCAAGUGCACAAAGCGGCGGCAGAGAAGUUCAAGGUGCCGCUGGAACACUCAGCCCUGGUCACGGACGCCGCCCCCGCCCUCGCCAUCAAGGAGGAGAGCGAGGAGGAGGAGGAGGUGGACGAGACGGGGCUGGAGGUGCGGGACAUCGAGCUGGUGAUGGCCCAGGCCAACGUGUCCCGCCCCAAAGCCGUGCGGGCCCUGCGGCACAACAACAACGACAUCGUCAACGCCAUCAUGGAGCUGACCAUGUAGCGCCGGGGCUGGCCCGGCCCCCCUGUAGAGAUGCACAGAGACCCCCCAAAUCCUUCCUCUGCCCCCCAGCCCCUCCUCCUCCCCUGGACCGCUCAAUAAAGGCCUCCUGCACUCCUUGGAUCGCA